UUUGCUUUCCUUCCUUUCAGCCGACUGCCCUCCUUUAGGGGGCUGAGGGUUGCCUCAGAGGAUGGCACUGAACUGUAAUGUCUCUGGAAAUCUCGGUAAUGAGGCAAGCUACCCCUUGGAAAUGUGCUCGCACUUUGAUGCUGAUGAAAUUAAAAGGCUAGGGAAGAGAUUUAAGAAGCUCGACUUAGACAACUCUGGUUCGUUGAGUGUGGAAGAGUUCAUGUCUCUGCCUGAGUUGCAACAGAACCCUUUAGUUCAAAGGGUAAUAGAUAUAUUUGACACAGAUGGAAAUGGAGAAGUAGACUUCAAAGAAUUCAUUGAAGGCGUCUCACAGUUCAGUGUCAAAGGAGAUAAGGAACAGAAAUUGAGGUUUGCUUUCCGUAUCUAUGACAUGGAUAAGGAUGGUUAUAUCUCCAAUGGGGAGCUUUUCCAGGUUCUGAAGAUGAUGGUUGGGAACAAUCUGAAGGAUACACAGUUACAGCAAAUCGUAGACAAAACCAUAAUUAAUGCAGAUAAGGAUGGAGAUGGAAGAAUAUCCUUUGAAGAAUUCUGUGCCGUUGUAGGAGGCCUAGACAUCCACAAAAAGAUGGUGGUAGACGUGUGACUCGUUUUAGAGCACCACCCACCACUUUUGCUUUCUUCUCCAUCUCUGAAGAUCUGCUCAAGACGUCCAGCAACGCUCUCUGUGUAUUUAAAUGGAAGUAUUUUUCUCUGUGAAGCCACAUUUUCCAACACGAGCCUCAUGAAGCCAACUAAGUGUUAUUGAACUUUUAUUCUCUCAAUAACUCAGUGUAGCACUUUAAAGUCUGAAGGACAGCCCGGUGGAAAGAGCAUGAUCAGUGUGGCGGAGAAAGGGAAGGGGUUUGGCUUUUUAAUUUAUUUUUCUUCAUCUUUUAUAACAAGGAAAUAUCUAUCUAUAUAUAUAUAUGUAAAGGUAUUUAUAUAUAGAUAUAUAUGUAGCUUUCUAUAUGUAGUAGGUUAGGUUGGCUUUAAUUUAAAUAGACGUGAUUAACCGAAACAAGAGUACAGAAGUGCCAAGCAGAACGUAACGAGUUCAGAAUAUGGAUAUACAUCCUUACUUUUAUUUCACACAGUUUUAUAUAUAUAUAGGAGUAGAAGACUGUACAAUUUAAACGGGGUGUUAGGUCAACCGUCUUAGCCUUCCUUGGCCGUCCCGUCUUCUGACGGGUUUGGCAAAGCGUGGCUGUCAUCUUCCUGUUCUCGACCGUAGUUUUUGUAGCACGGGAAUCUGUACGGUAAUUUAGGCCCGUCAAUAGAUUACCAGGGAUUGUGUCUCUCUGCUGAGUAGCUUUUCAUACACGUCUGCUUAACGGGAAGAUGUCAUUUAACACGAAUGCCAAGAAUUCGGCCUUGGGUGCGCGAAAGGGCCAUUUUGGUUCUGAGGUUUGGCAACUGGAAUCAGUUGCAUCUCCUUAAGGACUGAGGUAAAUGUAAAUCGCCAGGUGUGCCUGGUGUGUUUUACAUUCAGCAGCUGGAAAGUGUCUGGUGCAUUCACGAUUUCUCUAGGGCCCAGCUUUAAAGCCGAGAACUUCAGCCCCGUCUUCUAGUUGCGCUUGCCGUAUACGUCGCAGAGUGAAAUGAGACAAUGUUGGCCAUCAAACUUACGUCGGAACCAUAGUAGUUUUCUUUUGGCAUUAACAAAAAAAAAAAAAAAUGCAGGUAGCGUAACCGGUAAUAUUUAAUGCGUGGGUGUGGGCGUGCGUGUGUUUGGGGGGCGAGGCGUAUGUAUAUAUAUAUUGGAUUCGUACAGUGGGGAAAUCUUGUUAACCAAUGCCAUAGAGAAGGGAAACUCCGUAAUAUCCAAAUUGAAGCCUCUUUCUGCCCGCCUCAAGGGCUGAGGGCAUUUGGAGAGUUUUCUUUCUUGAUUUGUCUAUAUCCUGAUUUCUAAUGAAAGCUAUCUUGCUCGAUUUGUGUGAUAUAAAAGUAGCGAGUCAUGUGUUCCACCACUUUAUAUCAUCCCUUCCCUUUUCUGCGAUGGUACUUAUUGGCCGGAAGAAAAAAAAAAAAAAAACACUUUUGGUAGCUUUGUAGAAGAGUACAAUCUUUCCUAUAUAGUUGGUUUUUUUUCUAUGAAACUGGUUUUCUAAUCAGCCGUGGAAAGGGCAGGUGGUCUUGCCAUAGCUGUUCCUUCAACUGAGUGCUGCACAACAUGGGCUCUGUCUGUCUGUGAGAGAGAAAUCCAGGUGCUUGGUGUCCUUGCAUGACAUGGAGUUUUGCAUGUAGAUCGAUUUGAAAUGUUCCUCUUGUUUACAUAAUUUGCAUAAUUUAAAAAGAUAAUUGUUGCCAAACUUUGGUAAAUGUUAAUGUUCAAACCGAAAAUCUCCACUACAUGUAACCUUCUUCCUCUGGAUCAGUUACGUGGCUUAGAAUCUCAGCCAGGGGUUUGAUCUGUUCCAGUGUCAACUGCCAUAUGUGCUCUGCUUCAAGGGGGAACUAGUCUUUUGUGAAUUUUUUGUACAUAAAUAUUUGUUACAAACAUUUUAGCGAACGCUUUCUAUUUCUCUUGCUUGUGCAUACCUUGGCUGGCGUUGUAGAAAAUAGUGCAAACAUUAUUUCCUUAUUGGGGGUGAGGUUUUCUUUUUUUUGGUUUUCUUUUUUUUUUUAGUUUGUGUGGGGGGGGGUGGGGAUGAUUUAUGUUGAAUGUUUAGUUUUUCUUCUGCAUGCUACAUCAUGUUGUGGGAUCUUUAGGAAACUUCAUACUGUAUGAACAAAAAAAUAAAAUAUUUGAACCUUG